CAGUAAAACAAAAGAAAAAAUACCAGUCACAUUACCGAACUAUCGUAAUUUCCGUAACAACUUGGCAAAACAAUCGGCAUGAAGAAGAAAUUCAAGAAGCGUCAGACCAAGAUCAAGUCCUUCUUUCGCAGCGAGGACAUGGAGCUGUGUCAGCUGCUCCUCCACACGGACAAUGCCUUCGAUUGCCUCAUCGAGUUGGGUCACCACGGGACGGUUCAGUUCAACAACGUGUACGACGAGGAUCGCCUGCUGAACAACCUGUACUCGAAGAAGGCGACCCAGUGCUACGAGUAUCUGCGUCUGGUGGACAACCUGCACAAUAUGAUAGUGCAGCUGCAUGUGAACGAGGUCUUCUACCCGGAUGUCGACCUGGAGAAUCGGCUGAGGGAGAAGGACCUGGCCAAGUACGGGGAGCGGCUGAAGCGCCUCCAUCUGGAAGCCAGCGCCGUGACGGAGCACUACUACCGACUGGACAGCCGGCGGUACCGCAUGAUGGAGCACAGCUUCGCCAUAACCAGGGCCAACAAGUACAUGACCGCCGACAUGGGCAGCGAACUGCUCUACUCGGAGAGCACCGUGAUGGGCCUCAUGCAGGAUGCCACCACUACGGCGGGAGGCCAUCAGGCGCAGCUCAACUACAUGAUCGGUUCGAUUCGGGCUGAUAAGUUCUAUAGCUUUGAGCUGCUGCUCUACCGCCUGUGCUCCUUCAACCUGAUCAUUCGCUUUGCCGAGAUGCCCACGCCGGUCUACGAAUUCCAUCAUGGCCAGAAGCCGGAGAAGGUGCGAAAGUUCGUCAUCCUGAUGAUGACCAGCUCCACGAUGAUGUGGCCCAAGGUUCUGAAGAUCUGCGGCCACUAUCAUGUGAACAUUUACGAUUGCCCGCGAUCGGCCAGCGAGCGGGAGGAGAAGGUCAAGGAGCUGAGCCAGGAGAUCGUGAACGUGGAGAAGGUGCUCAAGGAGGCCGAGUUGAUGCGCCGCCAGAUCCUUCAGGUUGCCGGACAGGAUCUGUUUAUUGUGCGGGUGAAUCUGCGCAAGGCUUUGAAAGUAUACGAUUUGAUGAAUCGUCUGAGGCUGGUGGGUGGCCUAGAGGUGCCUCGCUAUCUGCUGGCCGAGGUGUAUGUCCCCUCCUCGGAUGUCCAGGACGUGAGGCUGAUCCUGCGAAAUGCCAGCCGUUUGAGUGGCGGCGCAGACAGGGAGGAGACAACGGACGAGGAGGAUCUGCAGGAGCCAAAGCCCAAGGAGAAGAAGCAAAUGCAAUGGGAGGAGGGUGCGGAGGAGGAUGAGGAAUACGAGUUCCAGCCGGACUUCCAGGGGGACGAUGUGGCCGCCCGGGCCAUUUUGAUAAAGAAAACCCGCAUGGUCAAUCACAUGCCGCCCACGUACUUCCGCCUGAACAGAUUCACCCGGGGAUUCCAGAACCUAAUCGACGCCUACGGGAUGGCCGACUACAAGGAGCUGAAUCCCGCCCCCUACACCAUGAUCACGUUCCCCUUUCUCUUCGCCGUCAUGUUUGGCGACAUGGGACACGGCAUUCUGUUGAUCUUCUUCUCACUGCUCAUGAUUUGGAAGCACAAGGCGAUCGAAAAGUAUCAGAUUGCCUCGACCUCGGAGAACGAGAUCCUGAACAUCCUGUUCUCCGGUCGCUACAUAGUCCUGCUGAUGGGCUUCUUCUCCACCUACAUGGGCUUCAUCUACAACAUAGUCAUGGCCAAGGGAAUCAAUCUGUUCGGCUCCAGCUGGAGUUGUCGCUACAAUGCGACCACUCUGCGCGAUCAUAUGGUCCAGCUGACCCUGGACUCCUCGGAUCCGAACUUCUACUCCGGCCAUCCGUAUCCCAUUGGCAUGGAUCCGGUGUGGGCAGUGGUGGGCCAGGACUCAAUUACCACCACGAACUCGCUGAAGAUGAAGAUGGCCAUUGUGCUGGGCAUCUCGCAGAUGAUGUUCGGCCUUGGGUUGGCCGCCGCCAACUGUGUGCUGCUCAAGCGUAAGGCAGAUCUCUUCCUGGUGGUGUUGCCGCAGGUCAUCUUCAUGGUCUGCCUCUUCUGCUACCUCGUCUUCCUGAUCUUCUACAAGUGGCUGGUCUUCGGAGGCCACAAGCCGGCUCCGUACAACUCGGCCUGUGCCCCCAACGUUCUGAUCACCUUCAUCAAUAUGAUGCUGAUGAAGACCGAGGACCCGCCGGCGGGCUGCCUGGCCAAUAUGUUUCCCUACGAGCGGCUGCUGGAAUACGCCCUGGUGACCAUAGCCCUCCUCAUGAUUCCCAUUCUGUUGGCCGGCAAGCCGCUGUAUCUGCUGCGAACGCGCAGGAAGAAACAAAGGGCCAGGGAUCUCAAGCCGCUGCGCCGGCAGACGAUCCGGGAGAUGCGAUCCACGAUGUGGUAUUCUACGGACGAUAUCAGCGAAGUCAGCAGCAGGACGAAGACUGUGGACAACGAGGACGAGUUCGAGAUGUCGGAGAUCUGGAUUCACUCGGGCAUCCACACUAUCGAAACGGUGCUCGGUUCGGUCUCGCACACCGCCUCCUAUCUGCGCCUGUGGGCCCUGUCCUUGGCCCACGACCAGUUGUCGGAUGUCCUGUGGCACAUGGUCCUAGCCAAGGGGUUCAACAACCACCUGCCCCUGUACUACGGCGUGCCCAUGCUCAUGGCCGCCUUUUUCGCCUGGGCGAUCCUCACCGUGGCCAUCCUGGUGAUGAUGGAGGGCCUGAGCGCCUUCCUGCACACCCUGCGCCUCCACUGGGUGGAGUUCCAGUCGAAGUUCUUCGGCGGCACGGGCGAGUCCUUCAAGGCGUUCGCCUUCCCGCCGUCCAACCAGCGGAGUUAGGUGCUUUUCUACCCUCGUUUUUCAGUUUAUGAAUAAAAAUUUGUGGUUUGUGCAA